UCUAAAAGAGUGCCGCCGCCGCGUAAAUUCUCUCUGUCCCUAAGUUCCCUCGUUACAGUCCUUUUUCUAUAAAACUCUCCUUUUUCAUAUCCGAGCAGACAACUUUAAGUUGAAAGAUGAGUAACACAGAAGGUAUCUCGUUCAAGGAUGACGUCAUCAGCCGGCUGCUAAAUGAAAAUGAGAGUGAUUUUAUAAUAGACUGUAACGAGGAAGAACUACCAAAAGGGGACGAGGAAGAGCAUCGCAUCGAUAAAGUGUACAGCUUUGAAGAUUUCUCCAAAGUCAUCAAUAUGGAUUGUCUCGGCAAUGUGGAAGAAUGUUCUGGCAAAUCGCCAUUUGCGAGUAUGGUCGAGUCGAUGUUCAAUGUCCUUGAUGACGGUUCACUGAGGAAAAAGAUAAUUCGUCAUGGGACUGAUAAGGUGCCAUCUUAUGCUGCUGUUUAUAUACACUACAAUUCUUACCUAGAACUCGAAGAGGUACCGUUCGAUUCGAGUUUCUUGAGAAGUGAAAAACCCGUCCGUUUUCAACUUGGGGCAGGAGUUUUAUAUAAAGGCAUGGAAAUCGCUAUUGCAACAAUGUCUAAAGGUGAAAGGUCACAAUUUUUGGUGGAACCGCAGUUGGCCUUUGGUAAAUAUGGCGUUCCACCUCGUAUCCCUCCGAAUGCUACCAUUCUUAACGUUAUCGAUCUCAUUGACUUUGUCGAUUGUGGUGCAGCGUUAAAUAAAGAUGAUUCUGAAGUUGAAAAAACAUUUGCCGAUUUGUCAGGAAAAGCAGUUGCUUUUAUAAAUUUAGCAAAAGACCAUUUUGUACAUAAUCUAAUACCUGCAGCUUUGGAAAAUUAUAAGAAAAGCUUGCAGGUGUUGAAGAAAGAAUGCCGACCUUUGACCGGCGAAGAAGAAAAACAGUACAAUGAGCUGCUUUUUAGGACUUACCUUAACAUGAUCAUCUGUUAUAAUUCUAAUAAAAUCAACCAGCCGAAUAAAGUGUUAGAAGUGGCAAAGGAGGCUAUGGUCUUCGUGGGUGAAGAGUGUCGCAAAUCAGCCAAAUUAUUUUUCAACCUGGGCAAAGCCCAUGAAAACAAGUUGAACUACGAGAAAGCGAGCGAAUGUUACAAGAAAGCUAAUAAGUUAUUGCCUCUGAACCCAGACAUACAAGAAGCUUUGAUAAAGCUUGAAACGAAACGAAAGCAGUAUUAUGAGAAAGAAAAAGCUUUAUAUUCUAAAGCUUUAGGUGUAACUCCUAUUGAAAAACCAGAUAUUCCUGAGGCAUUACUUCACGAUCCGACUUUUGAUCUUGCCCAUCUAGAAGACCUGGAAAAACAGUACUCUUCCUAUUUGGAAGACUUCGCCCAGUCGAAAACACACCAGAUGAUUCUUCCAGGUGCGGGUCUCUCCAACGAAGAGCGCUAUGUACUGCGUACCCUGUCAAAACGCUUGAACCUAGUUUACAAGGAAAACUACCAAGAAAAAUUUUUUCAAGUCAUAAUUCGACAUCAAAAAGAUAACUAGUCGACAAAUACCAAAACUUAAAAGCAUACAUUUUUUUUUUAAUGAAACAAAAAAGUGUAAAAUAUAUGGCUGUGAAAUGUUACUUUAUAAUAAGUUUUUGAUUAUUAUAUUUGGUAAUGUUUCAAUUUUUAGUUAAUUAAUUUUUUAAUUUAGUUAAACUUAACCAUGUUAAAAUGGUAUAAGCUGAUAAGUAUUAUUUUUUGAUUCAUUACACAAAUAUAAAAUUUUGUUUUGUUUUAUAUCUAUUCACGAAU